UCGGAGCCUCCUCCGGCCCCUGCAGGGCUGGACACCUUCCCAAAUAUCAGUUGUGGCCCUCCAGCGCCCUCCUGCCGGGCAUCUUCCCCCUGCCGCUCUCCUAGAAGUACGACUCUUGGGCUGCAAGAGUUAACCUGUCCCCCAGGGGCUUCAGCAUCCUUGACCACAGUCUCUUCCUUGACUGCUCUAUCCCCGGAUGGAGUCAGAGAAAUGUGGUGGGGGGGUCGGGGCCAGAGUUUCAACAUUGCCCCGCAGAAGGAGGAGCCAGCGAUGGGGCACUCUGGACCAAAGUCUGUCCAGGGCCUUGGGAUGCCAGAGCUGGGGAGCCGUCCACCUGGCCAGUGUGUAGCCUCGGGAUGCCUUCCAGGGGAGCAGGUCCUAGCAUGGGCCUCGGGGCUGAGGAAGGGACUAGAACUGGAGUUGCCUGGAACCCUGAUCUGCACCAACUUGAGAGUCAUCUUUCAGCCCUGUGGAUGGCAAAGGAGUCAGGACACUCCCCUGAGUAGUGAGUACGAUUUUGCGCUGGUCAACAUUGGGCACUUAGAGGCCGUGAGGGGCCUGUCCCGAGUCCAGCUCCUCCGUCCAGGGUCCCUGCUUAAAUUCAUACCUGAGGAAAUUCUGAUUCAUGGGCGAGACUUCCGGCUGCUCAGAGUUGGUUUUGAGACUGGAGGACUGGAGCCACAGGCCUUUCAGGUGGCCAUGGCCAUUGUCCGAGCCAGAGCUCAAAGCAGUCAAGGCCAACAGUAUCCGGGCCUGGCCCUUGGCAGGGCUGACCAACGUUCCCCAGUUCCUCUCCUGGAGACUUCAGAAGACUGGGAGACAGAGCGGAAAAGGCUGGGGGCUAAGGGUUGGAGGGUCAGUACUGUCAACGAGAGGUUCGACAUUGCCACCAGCCUCCCCCGUUACUUCUGGGUCCCAAAGCAAACAUUGGACAGUGAAGUCAGAAGAGCAUUUGGCCACUUUCAUUAUAGCCGUGGACCGCGCCUGUCCUGGCAUCAUCCUGGGGGCAGUGACCUUCUCCGCUGUGGUGGCUUCUGUUCAGCUAGUGACCCUAACAAGGAAGAUAUCAGAGCAGUGGAAGCUAUGCUCCAGGCGGGGCACUCGGAUGUCAUCCUGGUGGACACCAUGGAUGAGCUGCCCAGUCUUGCAGAGGUGCAGCUUGCCCACUUGCGACUCAGGGCCCUCUGCCUACCUGAGUCCUCUGUAGCUGAGGAUAAAUGGCUUUCAACCCUGGAAGGAACACGGUGGUUGGACUUUGUUAGAUCUUGUCUUCGGAAAGCCAGUGACAUUUCAGUCUUAGUGACAGUCAGGGCUCGCUCUGUGGUACUUCAAGAGUGCAGUGAUCGUGAUUUCAAUGGCCUCCUCUCUUCACUCACCCAGCUGCUUUCAGUCCCUGAAGCCAGGACUCUACUUGGCUUCCAAACAUUAGUGCAGAGAGAAUGGGUGGCAGCUGGACAUGCUUUCUUGACACGACUUGGUGGAAAUGCAGCCAGUGACGAGGCCCCAGUGUUUUUCCUCUUCCUCGACUGUGUCUGGCAGCUCCUUCGGCAGUUUCCAGCUGAAUUUGAAUUCUCAGAGUAUUUUCUUCUUGCUCUUCAUGACAGUGUCAGGGUUCCUGACACUCUCACAUUCUUGAGAGAUACUCCUUGGGAGCGUGGAAAACACAGUGGACAGUUCAACUCCCUUAUGCAAGUCUAUACCCCUGGGUAUGCCCAGUUCCCAACUGGGAACUCUGGUAAGCCACGGUUGUCUGUCUGGGACUGGCGUUUACGCUACAACAAUGAACAGAUUUUACAAUUUCAUAAUCCUGGCUAUGACCCGGAGCACCACCCAGAUUCCUGGCUCCCCAGACAUCAGCCACGCUUCAUGGUUUCUGGACCUCCCAGUUCCAUGUGGCUCUUUUCUAGGGGGGCCCUGACCCCUUUGAAUCAGCUCUGCCCUUGGAGGGGCUGCCCCUCCUUGCUUGCAGUCACUUCUCGUUGGCUACCUCGACCUACGCUCUCCUCUGAAAGCCUGGCUGACCAGGAGUGGGGACUCCCAUCACAUUGGGGCACUUGCCCUCUACCAGAAGGGCUGCUGUUGCCUGGGUGUCUAGGACCCCAGAUCAGGCUCUGGAGACGAUGCUACCUGCGGGGAAGACCAGAAAUCAAGAGAGGCCUCUUGGCUCCCACGGUCUCUGACCUCCAAGAUGAGCUCGCCCAUCUCCAGGAUCUACUGAAGCAAUGGAACCCGAAAAUAUCUUAGGAAUGCUUGGAGAGAACCAAAUCUCAUUCUCCCAAACCUGUUGAAAUUGCUGACUUCCUUGGGGUCCAGAGCAAAUGGUGCAGUGAGUAAGGCAUUUGUCUUGCAUCCACCCUGGCUGGCUCUUCAGCCCCACAGAUGGUAACAUUUCUAGGAGUGAUCCCUAAGAACAGGGUCAGGAAUAACUCCUGACUAACAUGAAGUAUGACCCCAAACAAAACAGAACACAGGGCUGAAGUGAAGGUUUUGCUCCAGAUUGGAUCCCAUUGCAUUGCAUAUUCCCUGAACCUCAGCACUACUACGUGGGGCCAGACAACCCCAGAGAGAACAAUAAAACUGCCUUAU